AUGCUUAGGAUUCGGUACGAAAAAAAGCGCGAAAAGGCCCGGGCUAAUAAAGCCCGGGUUUUAAUAACUUUGGAACUAACAAAGACCGAAAAUUUUGCAUUGCUUGCGUGGGCUAAUUGGAAGCAAUUAAUUGCUAUUAAAAAGCGCGCGGUACAAAAUAAAUUAAUAUUAAAAAAAUGCUUUUGGCUUGGUUUUAAAGCAAUCCGAAUUAUUAAAAUAUCGUUACAAUUGUUAAAACUUGCUUGGCCGCCGGCGCAACAAUCUUUCCGUUUAUUAUUAUGGCCGGAAUUUAUAUUAACGAAAAACACUUUUUUAACGGGCUUUACAAUAUGCGCCGGCGUGCUUUUAAAAUUAGCAUUAUUAAAUUAA